CAGUCUCAUUUGCCCAGCGCUGCGUUCUAUCCUCAACAAAGCCGCGACAGAGGCGUCAGCGUCGACCGCUGCCGGAACAGACCUUCAUAUUUCCUCGGCUCCUCGCACUUCCCUGCCAUACUAUGCGUUUAUGGCUGCCGUUCAUCCUGAAUAGUCUUACCGUUCCGAGGAACGAAUGGUCUCCUGCGCACAGCGUGCCCGAAGGUGUCAAGAGCGAUAGAUGGCUUCCUUGCAUGAGGUGCGUCGCCGCGCCCGCGGCUAUAUAAUGGAGCGCCUCUUCGCUCCAGCGACUGCGGUGACCCCCAGGUCCACCUUGCACCCGUCCAAACGACUUGGCCGCCCCGGGAUCCUUCUGCUCAUCAUGUUAUUGAGCUUCCCGGUCGAGAUUUUCGACCACGCCGUCAGCUUCUUGAAAGAAGACACACCCGCCCUUGCGGCUUGUUCGCUCACUUGUCGCGGCUUCCUCCAUAUCUGCCGCGCCCAGCUCUGGCGACAUAUCGAGCUGCUCACAGGGACAGCAACCAUGUUCCCAGAGCCGCGCACCAUGUCAUUCCUGGCCCUCCUCGACCGCAGUCCUGGGAUCAGGCCGUUCGUACGGUCGCUCGUGUUCAGCAUGAACCAACACCCGUACACCCACUACUCCGGCGGGACACACCCGUAUGCCCACCCCUCCAGCGGAACAUCGCAGCCCUCCUGGCGCGCAGUAGUCGACCGCCUCCCUUCGCUGCGGUCACUACGCUUCCGGGAGUUCCGCUUGGAUUGCCUGCACGACCUCGUCUCGGUCGCGGGCGACCGGCCAACGCUGGAAUCGCUCUAUGUGGAGUCCGUCAUGAUCGAAAGGGCAUCGCGCGGCGUAUGGCCCCCUCCGCAGCCGGCGCGACUCCCCAUCACGAGCAUGGGAGAUGCGGACGGGCGACAGCCGACGCGGUGGGGGCUGCGUACCUUGUCGAUUGAGAAUGCUAUAGUGCCAUGCUCGGAGCUCUCGCAGCUGAAGUUGUUCCUUGAGCGGGCAACGGAGGCAUCCUAUCUAUCUCUUGACUCGCUCGACCUCCAUUGGCCCUUCCACGGUUCUCACACAUACGAACAUCCUGGGCUAUGUGUUCGGGCGGAGGUUCCUUCCUUCGGGGCAACGCUGCGGCACCUUGGGGUCACGCUCAGCGAUCUAGACCGAAGCCAGCAGGUUGUCCCUGACGGUCGCGCACACAUGCAACGCGUCAUGACAGCCAUCUCGACAUGCAGCUCGUUACGAUCGCUAUGCCUGCGAUAUGACCGCUGGUCGCACCUCCUUCAAUUCGACCACAACACGCCACCGGGCUACACACCUACGCCCUUCUUCCUCGACUUGCUGGCCGACACACUCUCCGGCGUCGGCGCGCCCAGCGUGGCGCGCAUUCCCCUCGAGCAUCUUUCUUUAGCCUUCAAGAGCCCCCCUCACUGGCUCAUCGGCUUCGAGGAAGCCUUCGAUCGACUCGCAGAGGCUCUGGUAGGGGAUGUUGAUGAAAGUGUUCCCUCAAGCAGGAGAAGAUACCCGCAAUUCACCCACCUGGAUGUGCGCAUGGAACAUUUGAAUAUGUUGAGCAGUGUGCUGCGCGGCAGCGAGGAUAACGAGGAGCGUCGUGAGAGGCAGAUGGUGGGGAAGGACUUGAUUCAUCCUAUGCUUGAGCGUUUCGCGCGGGCGGGUGUGCAUGUCGAGGUCGUCUGUGAAUGA